UAUGGCUCGCACCUAAAUGGUUAUUAUUGUUGUUAAAGUCUGCGGGUGCUGUUGGGGCACAACAUGUUCCCAUGUUGACCAAAGUCUUCGUCGCUCCAUGAUGUCUAAACUGCAGGUGGUGAAGGCGCUGGUGGCGGACAGACUGGCGGCGGCUGCGGAGGAGAUAUUCAGCGCUGCGGAGAAGAAGCUGCUGCACACAUCAGACAUGCCUCCUGAACAGCAGAGGGCAGCUGUGCACAAGCAGCUGUCGGUGGUCGCUGACGAGAUCUUUCGGAUCCUGGAGAUCAUGAUAAGAGAAUAUGAGGCAGAAGUCUCCAGCUCCCACGAGGAGAGCCAACGGCAACUGCUGGACAUCACGUUGAAGACGGAGACACAAUUACACAGAACAGACAGACUGACACUAUCUGGGUCGAACGGUGAAAAUGAUGUUUCCUCUGAGCAUCAGAAAUGUGCACAGAGCAGGAGCUCCAGUCCGGUCCAGAUAACGUCCAAUCUACCACUGAGUAAAGACGUGUCUACGGAGACAGAUUGUGAGUUAAUCCACAGUAAGCCUUCACAUCUUCACCAAACACAGAGAGCAGAUAAGGGAACCUCAACUCUGAUGGAAACGGAGACGCUGCCACCGAGCCACCCCGAGGUUCUCUCAUCAAACAAUUCAGAAGCUGUGAGUGAAGAUAAUGACGGUGAGAUAAAUGAGAAACUUCCCAACUCAAACGAAAGAAAAACAUUUCAAAAACAAAGUCAGGGCGAGGAUUGUUGCAAAAUGUGUGGAAGGUCUUUCCUUAAACGUGUCGCUGGGAAGAAAAUAAAAAAACAGCAAAGGAACAAGAGCCCAGCUACGGGACAGAGUUGCUGCAGAGUGUGUGGGAAGUUUUUCCGAUACAAACGUUCUUUUCUGAAACACGUACUUACGCACGAGCAGAGCUCCGAGCUGUGUGGAGCCUGUGGGAAACAUCUGGACUCUGACGAGAGCCUGAAGGUGCAUUUACAAACCCACAAGGAAGAGAACAUCUGCAGGGAUCACACGGAGGACAAACAGUCAGAAGCAGAGUGCUCUGACGCGGAGAGUCAGGUGGGUGACAGUGAUGAGGAGUGGAAGGACAGUGAAGGAAGUGAUAGUGAUGAUGGAGACAGCGAGAAAGAUGAGAGCGAAGACGGACCUCGUUUACAAAAGUCAAAGAAAAAAGAGCCUAAGAAUAAGGAUUACAAGGAUUUAUCGCAUCUGAAAUACCGCUGUAAAGUGUGUAGCAAGUCUUUCUGCUACAGAGCCUCGUUUUUGAAGCAUGUGCUAGAAGACGAGGAGGAUACAGAUGUUUGCGGUGUGUGCGGGAAACGUUUUGAGUCCAAGGAUAGCUUGAGGCUUCACUUGCAAACUUACAUCCGGACGAACGACUGUGAAGUUUGUGGGAAACACUUUGACGGUCACAAACAACUGGAGAUGCACAUGAGGACCCACACGGGAGAGAAGCCAUACAUCUGCACCGUCUGCGGCAAGGCGUUCGCUCAAAAUGGAAACCUUAUGGGACACAUGAGGGUUCACACAGGGGAGAAGCCGUACGUCUGCAGCGUGUGCGGUCAGACCUUCAGCUUUAAAGAAUACAUGAUGGCUCACAUGAGGAUCCACACGGGGGAGAAACCGUUCCUCUGCAGCAUCUGCGGGAAAGGAUUCAGACAGAGGGGGACUCUGAAAACACACAUGAUGAUCCACACGGGAGAGUCCACGCACCGGUGCAGCGUGUGUGACAAGAAGUUCUACAAGAGCGGAGCAUUGAAGAUCCACAUGAGGUCGCACACGGGAGAGAAACCGUAUCUGUGCAACGUUUGCGGGAAAAGCUUCACGGCGAGCGGCUCGCUGACCAAGCACAUGGGCGUCCACGAGGGAGAGCGAACGCUCGGCUGCAGCGUCUGCGGGAAAGGAUUUGCGAGGAACGAGGACCUGAUGAAACACAUUCAGACUCACACAGAUGAAUCUUCACAGCUGACGAGUCUUUAAUGACUAUUAAAGUGAAGACUUUCAACAUUCUAGGAAAUACGCUAAUUUGCUUUCUUUCCAGGAGAACAAAUGAUUUGCCGUUUGUUUGUCUUCUUGCUCGCAAAGUACCAAACAAAAUGUUUUGUUCCAGCUUCCGAAUUGGGAGGAGGUUUUAUGGGUCUUAUGUGAAAGAAAAUUAGUAAUUUUGGACUGUUGAUCAGACAAAGAGACAUAAUAAAAGACAUCUACUUGGGUUUUUGAAGAUUUCCAUUUUCUGACAUUUGUUAUUGCUAUUCUGUCAGAAUUACUUUAUUCUUUUGAUUUAACUUUUUUUUUUAAGUCUGGUUUGCAUAUUGUUUCAGCUCUAUAUUGUAUCUCUUAUUAUGUGCUGCUAUCUUGUUCAGGACAAUCUUGUAAACAAGAUUAAUAAUCUCAGUGAGGCUCUUUCCUGAAAUAUAUAUUUCAUUGAGACAAUGUAUAGUUAUUUGCAGCCCUGUCUCUGUGUUAAAUGUAGAGCUGGGUUAAGGUCAUGGUUAGCCUAGCUUAGCAUAAAGAAAGGAAGCAGCCCUUUCCGAAGUAAAGAAUAAUACACCUCCUAAAGCUGAAAUUGUUUAUUUACACGACUGAUGGAAAGAGAGCAAAUAUUUUCCUGAAUGCUGAAGUGUUCCUGGUGUUUUCACUUGUUACAUACACUUGGUGUGUUUUGGUGAAAAGGUUUAGGAACACUAUCAUUUCUAAAAAAUAAUUUACAAUAAUAUGUCUUGCUAUAGUCACACAACUUGAACAAAGCUUUGUACAUCAGUGUGCCUUUUUAUAACGUUUUUCAGAACACUUGGUUACUCUUAAAGAUGAGAUUUAAUCUUCAUUUUUUAAUCCACAUUUUCUGGUUAAUUGAAACUGGUUCAGGUAUUAGUUGUGCAUUUGUUUGGGAUGCUUUGUUUAUGUCUGUACGGAUGUCUUGU